UUUUUUUCUCCUUUCUUUUUUCUUCUUCUUCGUUCAGACCCCGACGACACUUCCCCCGGCCUGGUGCGACGGUCGACGGCGGCGCGCGGUGGAGAUCUCCUCUUCUCCUCCCCUUUGACUUUUCUUCUUAUUCUUUUACUUCCUAUGUCUUUCUCUUUUAUUUUUGUUUGUUGCUUGCUUCUUGCUCCUUUUUUUUGCUUCUUGGUUGUUGUUUGCUUUGCUAGGUGCCGGCGAUGGGAGUGCUGCGGCGGUGGGCACGGUGGCACUGGUGCGAUGGCCGGCGGUAGCAGGUGGCUAGGGGAGAGAGAGGCCAUGCUUUAGGUCGGCUGUCGCAGUGUAGGUGCGCAACUUGCACUGUCGGAUGCCAGACGGACCAAAUUGCAAACACAGCAAAACUUCUGGGGCCAAAAUAUAAUUUUGAGAAAAUUUAGGGGUUAAAAUGUAAUUUCGAGAAAGUUCAGGGGUCAAAAUGUAAUUUCAAAAUGUUUAGGGGUUGACAUGUAAUUUUGAAAAAUUUUAGGGGUUAAAAUAUAAAAUUUUUUAAACACAAAAUUAUUCUCGGACAAAAUUCAGUGAUUACAACGUUAAUUAAUUUUUUUUAUUUUCCAUAUUUUCUGGAAAAAUGAAAUUAAAAUGUGAAAAAUAAAUUAAACAUAUAUUUAAAAAAUUAGAUAAAUAAAACUGCGUAAUAUUUUUCAUUCAAAAUUUUAAUUGAUGAAAUUUUAUUUAAGUAGCGUAUAAAGUUUCCUUUGAUCAAAGUGCCACUGCCUUGGUUUUGCUUGGAUAAGCAAAUUAAAAAAACUAUAGACAUGUUUUACUUCGCCCCGCCACCUUUGAGAAAAAAAACAAUAAAUAGACGUAAAUCCCUACAAGCUGAUUUAAAUGAAGAAAACAUUUUCUUAGAGCAUAAAAAAAAGGUUAACAACAUGGUUGAGUUCCCAGUCAUUGAGUUCCGUUCAUCGGAUUGGAGCGAAAAACUGAUGGGUGGAACAGUUUGUGAAGAGAGUUCGAGAGGCUUGUGAGAUUUUCGGUUGUUUCGAGGUGGUGUACAAAAAGAUAUCAGCAAAAGUCCGAGAGGAUGCAUUCGAGUUGAUGAAAGAACUGGUUAAGGACCCAGUGGAGAGGAAACAAAAGAACGCUAGUCCUUUGCCUUACCAUGGUUGGGUUGGACCAUGCGAGCAGGUUUCUUUAUUGUAUGUAGGCUUUGGAGUUAGAGAUGCCUCCAACUAUGACUCUGUAAAAAAUUUUGCUCAAUUGAUGUGGCCUGAUGGUCACCCACAAUUUUCCGACACUAUACACACCUUAGCGACACAAAUGGAGGAACUGAACAAUUUAGUUUGGUUGACGCUAAUUGAUAGUUAUGGAUUAGAGGAGGAGUCACUGAAGAUGAUCUACAAAACGUUGGUGCGGAUGAUGAAAUAUAUGUCCCCUCCACCGGGAGAGUAUAAGAGUGGACUCCAUUCUCAUACUAAUAAACCAGUCAGCACACUCAUUUGUGAGGAUCAAAUUUCAGGGUUGGAAGUUGAGGUCAAUGACAACCAAUGGAUCAUGUUAUCAAAUUUAUCUCCAUCUUCUUUUAUCUUUGUGGUAGGAGAUCCUCUCAAGGCAUGGAGUAAUGGGAGAUUGAAAUCAGUGAAUCACAGAGUGAUGAUGAGUGGAGACAAAGAUCGAUAUUCUAUAGCAGCCUUCGUCAUUCCAAAUGAGGGUAUUAUAAUCAAGACACCCAAAGAGUUUAUAUAUGACCAACAUCCUAGGCUUUUCAUGGACUUUGAUUUCAUGGAUUUCUUCCAUUUUGCCUUUUCUGACCUAGAAAAGCUCAUUGACUCCGGAUUUCAAGACCAUUUCUUCUUGAAAUUUCGGUGGGAAACAGCCAUGGAAGAGGGUUUAGAGCUGGUCUUCCAUAUUUUAGCUUCAAGUAAGUUUAAUUCUUGCUUUUUCCAUGAAAUUUUUAUAUAUUUAGACUUUUACAAUUAGGUCUAAUUUAGUAUUCUACUAGUUUUUAAAUUUGUUGAAAGUUUUGGAAGAUACCAAUGAUAAGUUCAUAUAAUUUUUGUUAUUUUAUGAUGAAAUUGAGAUGUUAAUGAAUGUUUAAAGGUGUUUUAUUAAAGAAUUUUGGAUGAAAAACAUGUUUUAGGGAUUAAAAUUGAAAAGUAUUGAAAUUGUGGAAAAAUUCUGAAAUUUCAUGGAAUCCAUGGGCUGUUAUUGAUAUGUAUGAGAAUUAUUAGGCUUGAAUCAAGGAUUAUACUGCAAGAAUUUCAUUUUUCGAGCCUAGGGACGAAUUUGUCAUGUAUUAAAAGUUUAGGGUCAAAUUGGUAAUCAACAUUUUGCACUAAAACAGUUUUGGGCAGCAGCAGUGGUUGAACUUUGAAAAAUCACCAAAAAUUUUGGGAAUUGAAUUAGAAGAUGAAUAAAAUAUGAAAUUAAAGCUUAUUGAGUCUAGUUUCUCAUAAAAGAAAUGGUGUAAGCAAUAGAAUUGUAAAUCAUGAGAUAUAAUAAAUUUUGUGAGGCAAUGUCAGAAUGAUUUCGGGUUCCCUUGUCCUGACUUUGAAAAAUCAUCAAAAAUUGAAAAAAAUAAUUAUGAGUUAUAAUUUAUAUGCAUAGAAUCCUUAAUGAAUCUAUUUUCAAAUUAAAUAAACGGAAACAUCAUCCAAAUUCUGUAAAAUUACAUAAUUCAUUUUUAGUGAAGAGUGGUCGAAACUGUCAGAAGCAAAACAGGGGAACUUUAAAGAAUAAACUGUACUAUUUGGCUAAACCAAAAAUUCUGAAAAUUUUAUGGUAAAAAUAUAUUUGAGUCUAGUUUCAGGAAAAAUUAACUGAUCUUAAUUUGGAGCUCGGCAGAUCCGGAUAAAAAUAAUUUAGUGACUCUGACUCGGAUAAACAGCUUUGAAUAUACAUGUGAGUGAAUAGUGAAAUUAUAGUUUAUGUUGUUUAAGUGUGUUAUACAAAUUAAGGAUGUGGAAUGGAGAGGAGGAGGAGGAAAAUUGGGAAAUAUAUGAAUGAUUUGUGUAUAAUUGGUCAUAUGCUUGAUUAUAAUUGAUAAACGAUGAAAUUGGAAUGAUGCUUAUAUUUGUGCAUUAUUGGUCAUGGUUUAAGCUCAGGUGGAAAAAUAAAGUUUCAUAGAAUGUGUGUAUGGUAUAUUCGGUAUAUGAUUUGGGAUGAAGUAAUGCCAUGAACGGUUUAUGAAGUAACACAUGUUGGUAAGUGUGAUACAUGAAUAAAUGUUGUGCUCAUCCAUGCUUAUAAUGUUUAUGCUAUAUGUGUAUUUGGCUAACAUAUUUGGUGUACAUGCUUAGGCUUUGGCCAAGUAGUGGUUAAAAUGGUAACAUAUUUAGUUGUGAUCAUGUAAUCUCUAGUGAAAUGGUUUACCAUGUGGUUAGUUCCAAAAAGAGUUAUGUUUAAAUACACUAGCUUGUGACUAUGGUUGAAUGAUAUGUUUAUAUCUUGUGUGCUGUGCAUAGGAAACGAGUGUGGAAAGAUAAUGGAAUAGUAAGUUCAUAUGGUUGAAAUUUAACGAUUAAAUGUUAAUUUCAUGAAUUAUAUAGUGUAUGAUGAUAUAUAUUUGUUGAUGGAUUGAAAAUAAAAUAACAAUGCUAAAACCGAAUAAAUGAUCAAAUUGAGCGGAACGUCGGAUUUGAGUUCUUCUGAUCAGUGACAAGUGAUAAGUGGUAACUUUAGCUACACUUAUCUGAUCAGUGACAAAUGGCAAGUGAUAAGUGAUAGCUUUAGCUACACUUAUCUUAUCAGUGGCAAGUGGCAAGUGGCAAGUGAUAAGUGAUAACUUCAGGUACACUUAUCUAAUCAGUGACAAGUGACAAGUGACAAGUGAUAAGUGGUAGCUUUAGCUGCACUUAUCUGAUCAGGGACAAGUGAUAAGUGAUCAUACGCAAGACCAUAGUUAUACUAUGGCAAAGUGGAAGUGAAGUACUCAAUUUUCCGUAACCGUUCCCUAAAUUGAUUAAGGAUGGUAAGUGAUAAAUGGGCCCAAAAGAAUUAUAGUAAAUGGAUAAGUGGGAGUGAGUUUAUACAAGGGGAACCACCAAUGAUUGUGGUUGAUAGGUGAACUUAGUAAUUGUGUUAAUGAAUGGUAUAAUCAAUAAACGUUGAGUUAAAUGGUAAAUACAUAUUUGUACUGAACUUAAUGAUUUGAAUUAUGAGCAUGAGAAAUUGCGAAUUGAAUGAAAUGGAAAUGAUGCAUUGAAUUACAUGAGUAUGUAUCGGGUCCCGUAGGCCCUAUUUAUUAAGAUUAUAAUAUUUUGACGAUAUAUUGUGUAAUAGCCAGAUUUUCAAAAAUGACGAAAACAGUGGUACGAGAUCAUCAAAUUCAGAAAAUAAGCUCGUAAAUUUCAUUAUUAAUAAUUAUGAGCCAAAAAUGAUUUUUAAGAGAUUUUUGAAUUAGUAAUUUGUGUUUUAUAAAAAUUUAUUAAGUCAAGAAAUUGAGGGAAAGAGGUAUCGAGACCUUGAUGUUAUAAACUGUGCCGUAAAUAUUUUUAUAAAUAUUUACGAAGUGUCAAUAUGGUAGUGUUAAAGCUUCGUCAGAAAAUUUUAAUGUUUCGGCAGUUAAUUAAUUAAAAAGGACUGAAUUGAAAAGA